AUGGCUGCCUUCAAUUCUAUUCCCCAAGGUUCGCCCAUGGGUCAACAUCCAAAUCACGGCAAUGAUCCCACCAACAGAAAGGCAAAUGAGACACGGGCAAGACAUUCUGAUCAUGAUGCCCCCGACAUGCAAUCGCAUUUGUAUGAACUUUGGCAACUUAUUCCAAAGGAGAAGAAAGAUGGAGGAAAAAACUGGACAAUAGCAUCAAGGAAACUCAUUCCAAGCGAUCAAGAUACGCUAGAUGACAUGGUGAAAACCAUGGAGGAAGCAUUCCCAGCGAAGGAGCAAUACAAAUGUCUAUCCCAAAACAAACGGGAACGUAUCAAGGAGCUCCUGAAUGAACACAACCAGCGUGAUAGCCGCUAUAUAUGGAGAUGCGUUUAUAUAGACACAGAUACGACCAGAGUGAAAGUCCUCGGUACCUAUCAGGAUAUUACUGCCAAGAUGGAUGUUAUCUUAUUGCGAGAACUUCAACACCAGCCUACACCGGCUGGUCAUUCUCCCAAAGCCAGUUCAGCAGGUCGUGCUGUUUCCCAGGAUUCUGGAAUUCCGAGUAAUCAAUCGGGCAUCCAACCUACUCUAAACGACAUGAUCAGGCAAGCAAAUUAUGCACAGGUCGUCGGCAAUGGCCCUGGGGCAUAUAAGGCAGCACAGAACAGGGGCAUACCAGUUGAUGACGGUAUACCCUCAGUGCAUCCACAAGUGCAUCCCCAGGUACAAUCAUCACCGUUUAUAUAUAGGCAGCCGUCACCCCAUCCGCAAGCGAACCCUCAGGUUCAUAUGCAGGGGCAGAGGCCUGCUCAACCCGGUCCUCAAAAACAGGGGCACCCCCAAGCAUACCAGCAUGUGCAGAACUCGAUGCCGCCCGAAGCAACUUAUGCUGUGCCGCAAGGUGUCCGAUAUCAUGGGCAACCAGACCAUGGAAUGCAGAAAGAACAGGCGACUGACACCUUUCCCCAGAAAGUGUCACAGCUGCCUAUUAAUGCUCCGCACGGGAGCGGCGGCUUUAAUCCUGGACCAGGUCCAUUUGCCAGGAACGGCGACGAAGCAAGACAUCCUGCUCAUCAUCCUUCGAUGCCUAUAUAUACACGCAACGCCCCCGAAAUGCAGACACAGAACGCGCGUUUCGCAGCUGGAGAUCUUCCUCAACCUGCGCGGAAAGCGAAAGCUACUGCACCCCCUCCCAAAGUCGUCCAGCAAGACCGGAGAGUGAGUCAAAUGCAAGAUGAUAGCAGCUUCAUGACCGAUGACGAGUCCCUUUUCGAAGAGGAGGACGGAUAUAGUUCUGCUACAAGUAGCGUCAGCUCACUUGCAAAAGGGAGUCUACAUCGGGAAAAGAGAUAUAUGCGCCGCGACACAGGCGAGCACAAACACCGGAUUCAUUACCGGAAGCAAAAUCGAAAGGGCUACAGUCAUGGUGGUUACCCGUCCGGAAAUGUCGACAUCUACCCGUCUGCAAGCAGCCAUCGCCCGCGAGAAAGCAGAAGGUCUAGAGAAAUGAGUCGCGCAAGCAAUCGCCCAGUCACAAUACACGAAAGAGACCUCGACAUUCGGGCGCCCGGUCUUGCAGAGCUGAAUCUGAGCGCAAACGAGGCCUCGUACAGACUGAUGAAGAUGGAGGAAACGCAGCGAACCAUGCUUGACAAGAUGGAUCGUCUCAGCAUGGGCUUGCAAAAGCCCGAGAGUCGCGAUUAUGUUGAAAGGGCAGUGGUAACCCGUGGCAUCGAGCCUGAGAUACGAAAUGCAGUACCACAGCGGCCGAUCUACUUAAUGGAGGCCCCUAUGUAUUCUCCCAGACGUUAUGUACCUCGAGAGAUGCCGACUUAUAUGCCUCAACCCUACCCGUAUGACUACCUGUGA